UGGUGGCGAGGAGUGGGGCUACGCGCGGAGAGGCCUGACCUGGCAGGACUAACUUGGGUCGGCUGUGCCGGCCGAGCUUUGCUGUUGAGGUCGGGUCUAUUCCACUGGGCCCGGGAAGAUGGUGCUGGGUGGUUGCCCGGUGAGUUACUUACUUCUGUGCGGCCAGGCGGCUUUGCUGCUGGGGAAUCUACUUCUGCUUCACUGUGUCUCUCGGAGCCACUCACACAACGCUACCGCCGAGCCCGAGCUCACAUCCGCUGGCGCGGCCCACCCAGAGGGCUCCGCCGGCGCUCCGAGCUGGGAAUAUGGCGACCCCCAGUCUCCAGUCAUCCUUUGCUCUUACCUACCUGAUGAAUUUAUAGAAUGUGACGACCCAGUGGAUCAUGUUGGAAAUGCAACUGCAUCCCAGGAACUCGGUUAUGGUUGUCUCAAGUUUGGUGGUCAGGCCUACAGUGACGUGGAACACACUUCAGUCCAGUGCCGGGCCCUAGAUGGGAUUGAAUGUGCCAGUCCUAGGACUUUCCUACGAGAGAAUAAACCUUGUAUAAAAUACACUGGACACUACUUCAUAACCACUUUACUGUACUCUUUCUUCCUGGGAUGUUUUGGAGUGGAUCGUUUCUGUCUGGGACACACUGGCACAGCAGUAGGGAAGCUGUUGACACUUGGGGGACUUGGGAUUUGGUGGUUUGUUGACCUUAUUUUGCUUAUUACUGGAGGGCUGAUGCCAAGCGAUGGCAGCAAUUGGUGCACUGUUUACUAAAAAGAGCAACCGUCAUGGCCCAGAGAGGCACGUCUUCUGAAUUCAUCUCUACAGGCUCAAAACUCUUCCUUGAUGCCAGACCUGACCAUUACUUUCCCUCUUUGGAGGGAAUGGGUUUGGUUAGGAAGGUUUCUCUGGACUCCGGGUUUUCAACCCAAAUUUUACCUUGCAGACUAGAAAUGACAAACCAACAGUGUUUGGGAAUCAAGUGUGUACCUUUCCUCAUGUACAAAAUAUAAAGGAUAGUGACUAACUUAUAAGCUGCAGAGGGGUUUGCGUGCUCUUUAUUUCUGUACAUUGCUGUAUCUUUAAUACUUUGGAGCAAGUGGACCCAACAAGAUGAGCAAGUGAACCUUGUGCCUUUUGUGACCCUAAAUCUUCAUGCAGAAGAGAUCUGAAGCUGAACCAGUGAAAAUCUUCAGCAGAAGUAAAAUGGCCAUGGAUUUUAAUACACACUGAAAUUCUGACUUUCUGAAUUUAAAUUGCAGAAUAAAUUUUGCCAACCUGGAA